CGGACCGGUUGGUUUCGUGACUGUGAAGACCGAGUCAUGAGCAACCAUCCUGGACCAAAUCUAAAGUUUUUCAGGUGAAGCGUUGGGUUCCCGAUGCAUCGACGAAAACGAAAAUGCAACCAAAGCGACCAUCUAGCGCCUGUUACUCCAGAUGGCCAGGUAACCAUACAAUAUAACCGCCCCACCCCGGGGCCCCCACCGUUUUUUUCCGAAUUGGGCGAUCGUACGUCCGAAUCGACCGUUCAGAGCAUGCGUUCGCUUCGUCCAGGCGCGGCAACGGUUCAGCGGUGGUGCAGCACUACUACGUACGGAGAGGAUGUUGAUCCCCGAUCCCUGGGACUUGUGCUCCCAACUGUUCGGAAGACGCAUGCUGCGAUGUAUGCGAUGCGCGUUGUGCAGAUAGUCGAGGUCAGGUGAGAAGCCAAGUCAACGACACGGACGGCUGCAAGAAUAUUCGAAAGACGUCUCUUGCUGGCGACGAUGCCUCUGCCAAAA